UUAAGCUUUUCCUCAACGCCUCGUUGCUGUGGAUUGUAUGAGCGUGCGUGGAGCUCCAACUCGGCGCGCGUCCAAGAGCGCGCAGAGCAUCCAACAAGUGGAUGCAAGAAUCGCAGCAGCAGGACUGUUGCAUUUGGGAGGUUGGGAGGCAUUUCCCGACUUCCAUUCGGAAAGAAAAAUGACCCUCAAUCAGUUAACUGUGAUAUGAAUCCUGUCUGGGGCUCAUGGUGAUGUUACAGCAUUUGUGUGCCCCGCCUCCGUUUCAGGUAGCCUCUUUUUUGACGGUGGCUUUGUUGUCUCCAAAGCAUUAAACUGAUCCGCAUUGAGGGGAAGACACCCUCCUCUUUUUUUCUGCUCUUCAUAGUCAAACCCAAAAAGAAGAUUGAAGCGGACACGCUGUUCCCAGCUUGCUCCUCUGCUCCCUCAUCCAUGGACUCGCUCCUCUGCUCCCUGGGAGACCACGGAGGGAAGUUGGGAUCCUCUUUGUAGACGUUUCUUUAUGACAAGGGCGCAGGUGGCCAGUCCAGGUAGCAGUCAUGCCGAUGCAUCCAGUUACCUCCACGCUGAUGUACCGGGGCAUCUGCACCAUCCCCGACAUCCUCUCCUACAGCGCCCCGGUCAACCUGCCCGAAGACGAAGUUGAAGAGAUACGAGAGGCCUUUAAAGUGUUUGACCGCGAUGGGAAUGGGUUCAUCUCCAAGCAGGAGCUGGGCAUGGCCAUGCGCUCCCUGGGCUACAUGCCAAAUGAGGUGGAGCUGGAGGUCAUCAUCCAGAGACUGGACAUGGACGGCGAUGGCCAGGUGGACUUUGAAGAGUUCGUUACUCUCUUGGGCCCAAAACUGACAGCAGCCGGGUUGCCAGACAAGUUCCACGGGACCGAUUUUGACUCAGUUUUUUGGAAGUGUGACAUGCAGAAGUUGACGGUGGAGGAGCUGAAGAGGCUUCUGUAUGACACCUUCUGUGAUCAUCUUUCCAUGAAAGACAUUGAGAACAUCAUUAUGACCGAGGAGAAUCACAUACAGAAUCCCGGGGAGUGCCAGGUGGAUAUAGACAGUUCCAGCCCAACACAGCAAGUCAAGCAAACCUGCGUGCGCAAGAGCCUGAUAUGCGCCUUUGCGAUCGCUUUCAUCAUCAGCGUUAUGCUCAUCGCAGCCAAUCAAGUGCUGCGAAGCGGCAUGAAAUAGGCACUGUGCUCAUGCUGAGGUCUUGGCCUCCACCUAAAGGCCACCGUACACAUAAAUGACUGAGGAGGCGAAGCUCAAAAGACAAAUACAACAGACAGCUGUUCACAGCUGCAAACCAUAAGACUGCAGACUAACUGGAAGACACCAAGGACACGACAUGUGCAGGAAUUUGUCUCAGUGUCAGAGACGCACUGACUGCUUCAAGGACAGCAGGACCUCGCAAAUGAAGAAGCAGAUGUGUGUUUUCAGUGGACAGCCAACUAUACAUAUCAAUCUUAGUCAAACAACCUUGAAUAGUCAUUAGCUAUGUGCAUUGAACAGUGUUGCAUUCAGUAUGGCAACAGCCUUAGAGAAAAGUGUAGUGACUGUCCAGUUUUUGUGUUCGUCCAGUAGACCAUGCAGUUUAUUAUUUGAAAAAAAAAAAAAAAGAACAUGUGAGAUAUUCUGUCAAAGUUAGAGGAAUUUCACUACUACCAAGGUUGAAAUAUGUUGUUAUGUGCAAGGUCUGGAGAGAACAAGGCUAUCUCGGGUGCAGUGCUCUGCAAAAACUGACUUGGGAAUGACAAUAGCUUGAUGAGAAAACAGAAAGAGUAUGAAAGUAAGUGGCCUUGAUCGUGGGCAUGCUUUCAUUUAUUCACAGUGUGCAGGGCAUCAGUCUGAGCACAGCGGGGUGGGGUGAGGCAGGUUAACCGUUGUCAGGCGGAGCCUGCUGGGUUAUGAAUGGACAGGUGGCUGGCUGGAAAGUGGCUGCGGUAUACGUCGACUCUCUCUGCAAAGCAGGCCUCAGAGGAUGAACAUCAUCUAUGCAUGAAAUGCAUGGAUUUAAAAAGUUGUCUUGACUCAUUUGUAAUAGUUCUUAUCAGUGUAGUGAUCAUGUUGACUGUGUAACAGGACUGUUUUCAAUCACUCAAUGACAACUGUGAGCAGAAUGUGUGGUGCAAGGUACGCAGUCCUUUCAGAAACAGAGCAUACAAAUGCAUGAAAAAGAAGGGCUGCUUCAGAACACACAUUUAAUAAUUAAAAAAAGCCCUAUGGGGUUACUAAGUUAUGGGUGUUUUGCCUUAGUAGGCAAUUGAUUAUCAUCUCAAUAUCACAGCGCAGCAAAUGUCUUAAAGACCUGUCAUUAAAAUAAUGUCAUAAUAUGCAGCAAAACUGAUCUGGUAUGUAGUUGGAGAUGAAAUGUGAAGGAACCCACUUUGUCCCUUGUUAUGUCUAGAUGUGUUGCUAUAGAGCAAUAACUUUAGGGAUAUGCCAACAAUUUAGGACUUGGCUCAUUUACCAUCAACCCCAGAGAUUGAUAAGAGGGUAAAUAACAUUAGCUGAGUUUACCGACAUAAGAGGAAGUGGAUGACCAGUCCUGACCUGAGUGAGAAAGUAAACUUCCAAAGAAAAAUCCAAAAUGUUCUACUUUAUAUGCAUUUCCUUUUGCAUUUAUCUUUUAACCAAAUACAUACUUGGCUCUAUAUUCCUGAUUUAGUCAAGUGCUUGUACAGAGGUGCACUGACCGAAAGCAACCCCCAUCUAGACCUUGCUGUAACUUCUGUCCACAGUGUGACUGACCACUGUGCAAUCUGCAAAGAUUAGUAGCAGUCAGACAACAGAGGCUUUGAAAUAAAGUUUCAUUU